CGCCAACGCAGUCAAAGGGGACGCGAAGGCAUGGUUUGACGCGGAAAGAGAAAUCGAUGACGAAGAAGAGGCGGAAGAGUUAACCGUCGAUGAAUGGAUGACAAAAAAGUUCGAGGCUGGCAAAGAAACGCUUGACCAGUUCUAUCAGGCGAUCAUGCGCUUCAAGUCGAAACGGAUCAUAACUGAGAAGCAGGCUAUCGGAUUCCUGAUUCAAGGAUGUAAGAAUGACAGUGACCUUUAUAAGGCACUCCGAGCACAGAAAUUCCAUAACCCAAUGGAUAUCAAGGAAUUCUUCCGCACCUGGUCGACUGGCGAAGAAAAGUAUAAGGUCACGAGAGGCAAUCGAGUCCAAGAUGAUUGCGUGAUCAUCCGAUCGGGCCAGAUCGAAGAAGUCGCGAAUGGGCGACAGAACCAGUCGUGCUCGGCGCAGGCGUCAGGAUACAAUACGGAAUUCCCGCCGUUAGGCACUCAAGAGAUGACCUUUGGUAACGGUCGAAAUGAAGGUCAGGUAUCGUACGCGACGAUCGCGGCGAUCCAAACGGCCGUCCAAGAAGUAACCAAGCCUGCGAUCGCGGCGAUCCAAGCAUCAGCUCAGCAAGCAGCAAGGCCGAAACAGAAUCCACAAGGAAACGUGCAGAGAAAUGCCCUGAAUGGAGGGCUCGGUGGUCAAGGAAUGGCUCAGGCGAAUCCGGGCUUUGCUGGCCAGGGAUUCAACGGUGGCGGAGGAAAUCAGGGAAAUUUCCGACCGAACCGUGGACAAGGAAAUCAAGGACCACGAUACGGGUCGCGAGUAGAGCGCCUGUUCACCAUGAUCGACGGAUGGGUGGUCAAUAACGCGCUGACAUGCCAGAACUGCAUGUACGGCAACCACUACACACAAGCGUGUUCGUUCGCGGGAACACCGUGGAAUCAGAACCCCAACCGGGUCGUGUAUGAAGAAUGGUUGAUGCUGCGUAACAAUCAUGGCGGAUGGCGCAACGCAAUAGCAAACGGAUACGUGCCACAAUCACGCCAAGGCGGUCGGUAUGCUGGUCAAGGUGGCCAAGGGAACUUCGCCGGUCAAGGUGGCCAGGCCAACUACAACAAUCAAGGAGGCCAGGGCAAUUUUGGCGGCCAAGGGAAUUUCGCUGGUCAAGGUGGCCAGUGGAACAACGGAGGUCAAGGCGGCCAGGAUAACUUCGGAGGCCAAGGCAACUUCGCCGGUCAAGGUGGCCAAGGCGGAGGAAACGGCGGAUAUGGCCCGGUUAGAGGCGGCUUCCGAGGUAGAGGCAGAGGCCGCGGCGGCAAUCGCGGAAAUUACGGCGGUGGCCAAUGGAAUGGUGGUGGUCAAGGUGGCCAAUGGAACGGUGCUGGUCAAGGAGGCCAGUGGAAUAAUGGUGGUCAAGGUGGCCAGAAUUUUGCCGGUCAAGGUGGCCAGGGCAAUUUCGCCGGUCAAGGUGGCCAGGGCGACUUCGGCGGGCAGCAAGGCGGCUUCGUCGGUGGGAACCAGAACGGUUUCGGUCAGCAAGGCGGAGGUUUUAACUUCGCCCCGGCGAAUGGUGCCGGUCAGGCGCAAGGUGCGCCGGUUCAGGGAAUGGCCCAGGGAAACGUUCAAGGUCAGUAGGCGCCGGUGAGCCUACUGAUCGUCCGGAACCGAAACCACCGGAUAUAGAGGAGCAAGGUGCUCCGCUGCAGGCAAGGACCGCAGCGAGAAAGGGAUGCUGCGAAAGUAACGCAAAGACCCGGAAAAGAA